ACAUCCGCGAGACUUAGAGCCCGUGUGGCAGCGGUGCGGAGCGGUUGGGUUCUCAGCGGCGUGGAAACUUGUGGGCGCUGACAGGCUGCGGCCGAACCUCUGUGAAGAAGGUGCAGGAGGUUGGCAGCUUCGGUUGAAGCACAUCGAGCCGAGCGGCGGAGGCAGCGGCAGCUGGGAGUCAUGAGCGACAGCGGCGAGCAGAACUACGGCGAGCGGGUUAAUGUUGAAGAAGGAAAAUGCGGAAGUCGUCAUUUGACAAGUUUUAUAAAUGAGUAUUUGAAGCUCAGGAAUAAGUGAAGCUGAAAUUUGAAAAAAUUAAAGAAUGCAUGCUAAUUAUCAGACCAGAAGUCCCACUUGUAGAAUAUUGAGCAAUUUGUGUGAAGUGGGGAAGAUGAAAGAAGUCAGAAUUUGAAACGGAAGAAUGAAGAAAAGAAAUAAAAAUGAAGUUAAGAUAAGAAGUAAUCUGGAAUCAGAAAGCACUACGCUAACUGAAUAGAAGAGUCAGAUGAUUGUAAUGAUGUUGCCUUCAGUUGGAUGGAACAAGUACACAUCAAAGUAAUAUUAAGUGAUAGCCAGCCAACAGCUGUCUCCUAUUUCUACCCUAUUGGAGAAGCCAAGGAAUCCCGUUCUGCUUCCAGAAGUGGAAGUGCUCAUGGAUCUGGGAAAUCUGCAAGGCAUACCCCUGCAAGGUCUCGCUCCAAGGAAGAUUCCAGACGUUCCAGAUCAAAGUCCAGGUCCAGAUCUGAAUCUAGGUCUAGAUCCAGAAGAAGUUCUCGAAGGCAUUAUACAAGAUCACGAUCUCGGUCUCGCUCCCAUAGACGAUCCCGUAGCAGGUCUUACAGUCGAGAUUAUCGGAGGCGUCAUAGCCACAGUCAUUCUCCCAUGUCUACUCGCAGACGUCAUGUCGGGAAUCGGAGAGGGUGGAAGGGAGGGGGAGAGACAGAGGGAGAAAAACAUCGAUGUGAGAGAGACACAUCCACUGGUUGCCUCCCGCACACGCCUCGACCGGUGCCGGUGAUCAAGCCUGCAACGGAGGCAAAUCCUGAUCCCAACUGUUGUCUUGGAGUAUUUGGAUUGAGCUUGUACACUACAGAAAGAGAUCUAAGAGAAGUAUUCUCUAAAUAUGGCCCCAUUGCUGAUGUGUCUAUCGUAUAUGACCAACAAUCUAGACGUUCAAGAGGAUUUGCCUUUGUAUACUUUGAAAAUGUAGAUGAUGCCAAGGAAGCAAAAGAGCGUGCCAAUGGAAUGGAACUUGAUGGACGUAGAAUCAGAGUUGAUUUCUCUAUAACAAAAAGACCACAUACCCCAACACCAGGAAUUUAUAUGGGGAGACCUACCUAUGGCAGCUCACGCCGUCGUGAUUACUACGACAGAGGAUACGAUCGAGGCUAUGAUGAUCGGGACUACUAUAGCAGAUCAUACAGAGGAGGUGGUGGAGGUGGAGGAGGAUGGAGAGCUGCUCAAGACAGGGAUCAGAUUUACAGAAGGCGGUCACCUUCUCCUUACUAUAGUCGUGGAGGAUAUAGAUCACGUUCCAGAUCUCGAUCGUAUUCACCUCGUCGCUAUUAAAGCAUGAAAUGGAAGGCUUUCUGAAAUCUACCUUAGAGUUUGGAUAUUGUUUGUGGACAAUAUUUUUUAUUGUCUCCUGUUUAAAAAGUGAACAGUGCCUAGUGAAGUUAGGUGACUUUUACACCUUUUAUGAUGACUACUUUUGGUGGAGUUGAAAUGCUGUUCUCAUUCUGCAUUUGUGUAGUUCGGUGCUUUGUUCCAAGUUAAGUGUUUUCAGAAAAGUAUGUUUUGCAUGUAUUUUUUUACAGUCUAAAUUUUGACUGCUGAGAAGUUUUUAUUGUACAAAACUUCAUUUAAAGGGUUUUUCUACUGAAUCCAGGGUGUAUUCUGAAGAUCGAAGCCUGUGUAAAAUGCUACCAAAUGGCAAAAAGCAACAAUAAAGUUUGAUUUUUACUUUUCUUUCUAA